UUUCGGCAAGGACGCCGUUCUGUGGGCAUAUCGGCGUUAUUUACUAUUCGGAUGAACCUCCCCCUUUGUUCGGCCUCUCUCCGGGUUCGCUUCUCAGUUCUCACUUCACCCGUUGUCCCUUUAGGGUUUCACCCCUCCCUCCCUCCCUUCUCGCCCGGAUUCUCAGUUUUGUUUAAUUUCAUGUCCCGGUUACGUAAUGUAGUGAUGGCAACAGGCUUAUUAGCCUUUGCAGCUGCUGGCUUAUCAUUUCCAUUCUUCUUCGUGACAUCGAAAAAUAAACCUAUAAUCGAUUCAUCAAAGCCUCUGCCACCGCAGGCUACUUUUCGAGGGCCGUAUGUGAACACUGGAUCUCGUGAUGUUGGGCCAGACUCUUCCACCUAUCCAAAAGUAUAAAUUGCUGCUGACAAGAAGAGGCGCCGAGGGAGACGAAUAAAGGACGUAAACCGUGCCGAACCACAUGGGAGCCUGGCUCGUUUCUGUGCCUCCUUGAACCAAACCUCGUCAACCUUUCUGAAAACGCAAACUAAUUGGUAAUCUGUGUCAUUUUGGUAAAAAUAUCAUGUUUUGUGUGUUUUUGUAGGAAGGGGAGGGGAGGCGAGUAGAAUUUUUUCGAUCGUUUCGUUCGAGAGCUAUGAUCUUUGGCUCUAGAGCUGAAUCAUUGGUUAUGAGUUUUAGUGGUGGAGCAUCAAUUUAAACAUCACAUCCACUGGACUUGAAAUUUGCAAGGAUUUUAGACGUCUCGGUUAUUGACUGAUCUUGGGUCAUGGUCAUGGUGGCUCUCUGUCUUUUUAGAAGUAAAAGUAAAAUCCCUUGUAGAGCUGCCAAUUGAUCUACAAAAUUAGGCUCAAAUUUAGUCCGUAAGCUCAAAAUUAAUUUCAAUAUGAGUUCAUAAGCCUUGCAAGUAGAUGUAUAAAUUAUAUAAGUAAACAACUUUAGGAAAAAAUGCUUUGGAGUAGAUUCAAUUGUAAUCUUUGGGGCAGUUGGGAUGAGAAAGCACAAGCUUAUCUUAUCAGACUGCCACUCCUUCCUAUGCUUAGAGGAUUUUUUUUCUUCCUUUGUUUUUUAGGCAAAAGGGAGGGA